AUGUUAGGAGCGAGAAAGAGAGGGGAUAUUAAGAGUACAUCUGAUGGAAAUGACAUCGGCUCGCAGUUCAUGUAUCAAAGAACACAUACAAAACCAAAGAGUAUAGAGGAGGAAAACGAUAUCAAGAUUAUACCUGAGAGUACAGAAAACGAAUCAGAUAUCGAAACCGAAAAUGAAGCUACGGAAGAUGACAGCGAGACUGAUGAUGGCAAUGAAAAUACAACUAAGGAAGAAGAAUCCAGUCCUAUGUCAUCAAAUGUGAAAUAUAAGCGAAUCAGAGACCGAAACGCCAGUAAGACUUUAGAUCAGAUUCUAAGGGAAGAAUCAAGAAGAAAAAAAGAGAGCAGUGAUAUCAUGUUUGAAAGGGAAGAUGACAGCAGUAAUCCUGACUCUGAAAAUACUGAGAGCGAAAAUGAAGAAAUGAUAUCUGAACAUAAACUAGAUAGUCAUUACUUUUCUAAAAUGCCGGAAAGAAGUCAGCGUUCGAAUGAGCGUAACACGAAAAGGACCGUAAAACUUCGAAAAGGAGCUUUAUACAGAGUAAGAUUGAAGAACGACGACGACGACGACGACGACGACAACGACGACGAAGACGACGAAGACGACGAAGACGAAAAUAGGUCCCAAGAAGCAAGGUCUGAGCCAAAAAUUCAAAACAACUUAAAUGAUCAGUCGUCUACGGAUCAAAAUGAACCUCAGUCGAAACACCCAAGCACUGUGGACAAAAGAUGGCAACCCUCAGCCACCAUUGCAUUUGCAAAUUUAUUACCACAAGAGCCGCAACGCACAUCAGAGUCGCAGGAUGAUACACAAAUGGCAACGAGCUGUAAGAGAUAUCAAAUACACACGAAGCAAACUCUCUUUAAGACACAGAACAAAGAAACCUCGCGUCACAAAAAAGCGAUCCAUAGAGAGGUGAGUCACAUGAACGUUAAUUCCGUGACCAAAAAAUUAACAGGAAGCAAGGACAUGUUGAAGGAUCACGCAUACAACAAAAAAAUGCGUGAAUAUAAUGAUGGAUGUGUUACAGAUAGCGAGAUUGAUACCAAAGACGAACCUCAAAUCGAACACGAAACUCUACAUGAUGCAGAAGAUCGUCGCAGCAAAGUGAAUGUAUAUAAAGUUCUCGAAAGCAAAGAGGAUGGCAGCGAUGAUAAAGACCCAGUUUCAGGUAGGUCAGAGGGAUACAAGAGCAAAAAUGACACAGAUAUUAUGCAGAAAAGCAUAAAAGCGGAAGCUAAGUCAUAUAACGAAGCAAAAAGAGCAGAAAUUACUAACGCAUAUGUUCGCUACAAAGGCGCAUAUGAGGCUGAGGAUAACGUAGAUUGUGAUAUAGCAUCUGAAACAGCAGGAGAUACAGAGAUCAGUUAUCCUAAUUCAAAAAGACUAAAGGAGCCAGAAGUGAUCAGUUAUCCUAAUACCAGUGGACCAGAGGAGCCGGAAACCAAUAAACAAGAAGCUGCCAAGGGGAUGCAAACUAGAGCUGAUGUAAUUAAGGAACUGGAAAAGGCAUGGUCACAAGAAGCUCAAGAAUAUAAUAUUAAAGGAGCAAAUUCCACCACAAGGACAGCAGAGAAGCCACCCAAGCUAGAAGAGCAGCUACCUACAGCUAGUACUAGUACUAAGCCUAACGUAGUAACAAGGUCGAGUAUUAAAAAGGGUGGAAUUACCUGCAAUACUAUAAUAGAGCCUACACAGCUAAGCUCUAACACCACAGCAGAAGAUAAAGGAAAAGCUAAACAGGAUAAUGCUGAAAGCCUACCCUUUAUAUUCAAGGAAGAUACUGCAACCAAAGGUGAAGCAGCCUCAGAUAUAAGUAAGGAACCAGAAAAGGCAUGGUCACAAGAAGCUCAAGAUUAUAAUAUUUUGGGAGCAAAUUCCACUAUAAGGACAGCAGAGAAGUCAUCCAAGCUAGAAGAGCAGCUACCUACAGCUA